CAAUGACCCAAUUAGAAUAUGUAAACAAACAUCAAAGUUCAUGGUUUUUGCGUGAACAUUUGAAAGUUAUCACGUAGUCUUAAGUUUGAAAGUAUCAACGAUGGCAGAGAGACUGAAAACGAUUCUUGGCCAUGUUGGUAGCAGGGAUGUCCAUCCUGAGCCAGUCAAUGGCUAUGCACUCCCCAGCUACCAUUACACAGUGGAGCCUAAGGCCAAACAGAAACUGACAGCUGAGCAGAGAAAAUUCUAUGAGGAGAAUGGGUUCCUAGUCAUCAGAAACCUUGUGCCCAAGUCUGAGUUAGAGAAAUACAGGAAGCGUUUUGAGAAGAUCUGUCGGCGGGAGGUGGAGGUCCCGGGCAUGACUAUAAUGCGGGAUGUGGCCAUUGCCAAGUCUGAGUUUGUUCCGGAUGAGAAGGCUGUCACAAAGAUUCAAACCUGGCACACUGACGAGGUUCUCUGGGAGUUCUGCUGCCUGCCCCAGGUAGUGGACUAUGUGGAGUGUUUUCUGGGCCCGGACAUCAUGGCCAUGCACACGAUGCUCAUCAACAAACCUCCAGAUCAAGGCAAGCUGUCAUCACGGCAUCCAAUGCACCAGGACCUGUACUACUUCCCAUUCCGGCCGGUGGACCGUAUUGUGUGUGCAUGGACAGCCAUGGAGAAGGUGAACCGUGACAAUGGCUGUCUUGUAGUCCUGCCCGGCACCCACAAGGGGGAGCUACUUCAGCACGACUACCCAGAGUGGGAGGGAGGUGUGAAUAAAAUGUACCAUGGUGUGCGUGACUACAAGCAGGACCAUCCGAGGAUCCACCUGGAGAUGGAGGCCGGCGACACCGUGUUCUUCCACCCAAUCCUCAUACAUGGAUCUGGAGCCAACCGCACAAACGGCUUCAGGAAGGCUAUCUCGUGCCACUACUCGACGGGCCAGUGCCACUUUGUGGACCUGAAGGGAACCGUACAGGAGAAGAUCGAGGAUGAGGUGCUGGAGUUGGCAGAGAAAAAAACAGGCAUUCCUAAAACACAGAUCAAGUAUGAGGACAUCUGGAAGUUCCGUUCUCGGAUUGUGAAGGGGACCAGGUCUUGGGACGAAAUGGAGGCUAAUAGCAACUAAAUUAAUUGAAUAGACAUGUGUGUUUGAGGCUAUUGUCAACCAAAUUAGUGAUAAAAUGUGUUCCACGCACUUACCGGUACUGUGAUUUGAGAAGACUGUGAUUUUAUAAAAAUACAAAACUUAAUAUACUUUAACAUUAAUAAUGAGAAAUGAAUAAAAGUUUUAUAUUAGUAAUUAAGGUACAAUUCUUCAUUUAUCUAACCAAAGUAAAGUAAUGUAGUUGUAAGUAGCUGUUUGCACUUCUUAUCCAAAACAUUGUAAAUUAUGGAAAUGAAGUCAUCACUGACUAGAAUGUGUGAAUUUAAAGCAUCACUAUGUAUUUAUAUUUCAGUUGCUAUUUUCGUUUUAGGGUACAGUAUAAUAUAAUAUAUUGGCAAUCUGUCUUGUAAACUGCGAAGAAAAAAGAGGAAGUUUUGUCAUUGCCAAUGUUCCUAUGUCAUCAUUGGCAUGCUACCACUUCAACCAUAUCCUAACUAACAAACAUUGCAAGAUAUUCAAUUAGUACACAUGUUCUAUGUUGCCAGAGACUAGACUUAUACGUAAAGGAAAGUCCACAACUCCGAAUGUUAUUAUUGUCGUGACAUGCCCAUUACAGAUGACCCCCCCACCCAAAAUAGAUGAGUGUUGGUAGAGUUCUUGUUAUUCAAAUGAGAAUUAGUUUUGAUUAUUUGAAAUUUGUUACAGAAAUAAAAUAUUAAUUGUU